AAAAAAAAUAAAAUCAAGUGAAAAAAAAAACGUAACGUAAACCACCGCAAAACAAUUGCUUUAAAGGAACGUGAGAAAUCAAUUGCAGCGACAGCAACAAGAACCAGAACCACGCCCACAAAAUGACGCUGCGCAUAUCGGCCAAAUCGAGAAAUCAUCUUGGACUCAUUAUUUAUGGCUUUGUGUUGCUUUUGACAACAACCAUGCCAUCUAUCGAAGCUGGACGCAUUUUCGACGUUACGAAUCUGGACUAUGUCAAGGUAAAUGCCGAGGCUGGCAAGAACGUAACCAUACCCUGCCCGGGGGUCACGGAGCACUCGCUGGUGGACACGCUCGUCUGGAAGACAGCAUCAACGACAAUCGCACAGUUUGCCAAUCGCAUACCGUUGCUCCAUAGCCCUAGGAUACAACUCUUAUCGGAUAAUUUUGGCUUGCAAUUCUCCCCGGCGCUGGCCAGCGACACCACGGAAUACAUUUGCCUCGUCAACGAUCGUCACAUACCAGAAGCCAUUGUGGAUUUACUAGUCCAGGAUGUGCCCGAUCCACCGGAGCGUCCUUUGUUAAUAAGUUUCACAUCACGCUCCGUGAACUUAUCCUGGGCGCACUCCCAACAUCCACGGAAUGCGCCGGUGACGCAUUUCAUUAUUGAAACUCGCGAGGGCGAGGAUGGUAUCUGGGAUCAAGUGGCUCGCAUCUACACAAGAACGAAUGCAACCUCAUAUCAGGUGACCGGCCUGACGCCCUUCACCGUUUACAGUUUUCGUCUGUUGGCCGUUAACAAGCUGGGCAUCAGCCCCCCCUCAAAGGAGUCCUACUACAUUGUGACGCUGCGCGAGGCGCCCACGGGCAAACCGAUACCGACGACGGCGCACAACACAUCCUCCAGUUCGGUGUACAUCUCGUGGAAGCCGCCGGCGCCGGAUACCAUUUUGGGCGAGUUUCUUGGCUAUCGCAUUACAUAUCGUCCACGCGAUCGCAAUCCCAACGAUACCAAGGAAAUCUAUAUACGCGAUAAUACAGUGGAGAGUCAUGAGAUUCAGAAUCUGCAGACCUACACGCAAUACAAGGUCACCGUGCAGGUGUUUAAUCCGGAGGGCCUGGGCCCGGAGACAACCAUAUUGGUGAUGACCGAUGAAGGAGUGCCAAGCAAGCCUCAGAAUCUCACCGUCUUGGAUGUCUCCGCGAACAGCAUCACAAUGUCCUGGCAUCCGCCAAAGAAUCAGAAUGGCGCCAUCGCCGGCUAUCAUGUCUUUCACAUACACGACAAUCAAACGGGCGUCGAGAUUGUCAAAAACUCACGUAACUCGGCCGAAACGCUGAUACACUUCGAGCUCCAGAGUCUGAAACCCUUUACCGACUACCGCGUCAUUGUCAAAGCGUUUACAACAAAGAACGAGGGCGAGCCAUCCGAUCAGAUUGCCCAGCGUACGGAUGUGGCCGGGCCCAGUGCACCGGCGAUUGUAAAUCUGACGUGUCACUCGCAGGAGUCGAUUACGAUACGCUGGAAGCGACCCAACGAGUUCUACAAUACCAUCGACUUUUACAUCAUCAAAACACGACUCGCCGGCCAGGAUACGCACCGUGAUAUACGCAUCAAUGCAUCCGCCAAGGAGCUGGAAACGGCGAUGAUAUUACAAAAUCUGACAACAAAUUCGUACUAUGAAGUCAAAGUGGCAGCGGCCACAUUCAGCGUUAUAAAUCCCAAGAAAAUUGUGUUGGGCAAAUUUUCGGAUUCACGAAUUAUACAAUUGCAGCCGAAUUGCGAGAAGCUGCAGCCGCUGCUGCGGCAAUCGCACAACGAUUACAACCUGGCCGUAUUGGUGGGCAUCAUAUUCAGCUGCUUUGGCAUCAUUCUGAUUGUCAUGGCGUUCUUCCUAUGGAGCAGAAAGUGCUUCCAUGCGGCCUACUACUAUCUGGACGAUCCGCCGCAUCAUCCGAAUGCCCCGCAGGUGGACUGGGAGGUGCCUGUGAAGAUUGGCGAUGAGAUACGCGCCGCGGUGCCGGUAAAUGAGUUUGCCAAGCACGUGGCCUCGCUGCAUGCGGACGGGGAUAUUGGCUUUAGCCGGGAAUACGAGGCCAUACAGAACGAGUGCAUCAGCGACGAUCUGGCCUGUGAGCACUCGCAGCAUCCGGAGAACAAGCGCAAGAAUCGCUAUCUGAACAUAACAGCCUACGAUCACAGUCGCGUACAUUUGCAUCCCACGCCGGGUCAGAAAAAGAAUCUGGACUAUAUCAAUGCCAAUUUCAUUGAUGGCUAUCAGAAGGCGCACGCCUUCAUUGGCACCCAGGGCCCGCUGCCGGAUACCUUCGAUUGCUUCUGGCGCAUGAUCUGGGAGCAGCGCGUGGCCAUUAUCGUGAUGAUCACCAAUUUGGUGGAGCGCGGCCGGCGUAAGUGUGAUAUGUAUUGGCCCAAGGAUGGCGUGGAGACCUAUGGCGUUAUACAGGUCAAGCUGGUCGAGGAGGAGGUCAUGUCCACCUACACGGUGCGCACGCUCCAAAUCAAGCAUCUGAAGCUAAAGAAGAAGAAGCAGUGUAAUUUGGAGAAACUUGUCUAUCAAUAUCACUAUACGAACUGGCCGGAUCAUGGCACACCGGAUCAUCCGUUGCCCGUGCUGAACUUCAUCAAGAAAUCCUCGGCUGCCAAUCCCGCCGAGGCGGGUCCCAUAGUCGUCCACUGCAGCGCUGGCGUCGGUCGCACUGGCACCUACAUCGUUCUGGACGCCAUGCUGAAGCAGAUCCAGCAAAAGUCCAUUGUCAAUGUGUUUGGCUUUUUGCGUCACAUACGCGCCCAGCGCAAUUUCCUCGUCCAGACCGAGGAGCAAUAUAUAUUCCUGCACGACGCCCUGGUGGAGGCAAUCGCCUCCGGCGAGACCAAUCUGCCGGCCGAGCAAAUCGAGGAGCUCAAGAAUUGUACACCCUACUUGGAGCAGCAGUACAAGAAUAUCAUACAAUUCCAGACAAAGGACAUACACAUCGCCUCCGCCAUGAAGCAGGUGAACUCGAUCAAGAAUCGCGGCGCCAUCUUUCCCAUCGAGGGCAGCCGUGUGCAUUUAACACCCAAGCCCGGCGAGGAUGGCAGCGACUAUAUCAAUGCAUCCUGGCUGCACGGCUUUCGGCGUCUGCGCGACUUUAUUGUCACCCAACAUCCGAUGACGCACACGAUAAAGGAUUUCUGGCAAAUGGUCUGGGACCACAAUGCGCAGACCAUUGUCCUGCUCUCCUCGCUGGACGACAUUAACUUUGCGCAGUUCUGGCCAGACGAGGCCACGCCCAUCGAGAGCGAUUAUUAUCGCGUCAAAUUCCUGAACAAGACAAACAAAAGCGACUACGUGAGCCGAGAUUUCGUCAUACAAUCCAUACAGGACGACUACGAGCUGAGCGUCAAGAUGCUGCACUGCCCCAGCUGGCCGGAGAUGUCCAAUCCGAACAGCAUAUACGAUUUCAUAGUCGAUGUGCACGAACGCUGCAACGAUUAUCGCAACGGACCCAUUGUGGUUGUCGACAGAUAUGGCGGCGCACAGGCGUGCACCUUCUGUGCCAUCUCCUCGCUGGCCAUCGAGAUGGAAUACUGCAAUACGGCGAAUGUGUAUCAGUAUGCCAAGCUAUAUCAUAACAAGCGACCCGGCGUGUGGACCUCCAGCGAGGAUAUACGUCUCAUCUAUAAUAUUCUGUCCUAUUUGCCUGGCAAUCUCAGUUUAUUGAAGCGCACCGCGCUGCGCACCGAAUUCGAGGAUGUGACAACGGCCACGCCGGAUCUCUAUAGCAAAAUAUGCAGCAAUGGUAAUGUCAUACACCAACAACAACAACAGCAACAGUUGCUGCUGGCACAGCAGCAACAACAGCUGCUGCAGCUGCAAAUGCAACACGAAACACAACAGCUACAACAGCAACAACAACAAUCGCAGACGCAGCAGCAGCACACACAGUCAAAUCUCAUUAGUCAUAGUCAUGCAACAGCAACAAUAACUGAAACAACAAAUGCAACUGCAACAAAUGCAACAACAAACACAAAUACAAAUACAACACAUACUAAUUCUAGCUUAUUGCCCAUCUCAUCAUUGUUACCACCCACAGUUGCUCCAUCAUCCAUCACACCCACACCCAGCAAUGACAUGCCCAAUCCAACAACAACAACAACAUCAACAACAACUACAACAAUUCCUACACCAACAACACCAACAACUGCAACAACACCUACAACUGAUCUAACCCAUACUAAUGCUAAUUUUACCACUGUUACUAAUAAUGCUGCUGAUGUGCCGCCAAUUGUUGCUCUUAAUGCUGAUGAACUGGCCCAACAACAACAACAACUGCAUCAACAACAACAAAUGCUCGCGCUGAUGCAACAACAAACGCAACUGCAACAACAAUACAACACGCAUCAACAACAACAACAAUCGGAUAAUGCCAACUGCCUGCUGUCGCCCACGCAUGUUGAUGAAUUGCUGCAACCUGCAACAACAACAACAACAACAACAACAAUGUCAACAACUUUGUGCAACAACAACAACAACAACAACAACCUGCAACAACCGGCAGCAGUCACAGAUGCUCAAAACUUAGAUAUUGUAGCUUAGAUUUAAUGUUACAAAAUAAUUGAAAAAAUCAUUUUAUAAAUGCUAGCAUAUAAAUACAACUAAAUCUAAAUAUACAUAUAAAUAUAUAUAUAUAAUUAUUAUUACAAAAUUUAACAUAAUUAAAUAUAUAAUUAUUGUAAACAUUUGCCUAGUUUUAUUAAGCGCGUCCUUAAACCUAUUUUACAUAUUAUUUAACAUUUAUUUAUUGCUGUACACGUUCUUCUUUUUACCCAUAUAUUGUUUUAAAUAUCUUUUCGAGUCCUUAACAAAUCCUGUUUAUAAUUAAAUACCCGAUCAAUCGAUUAUUAAUGUUCAAUUUACAUUCAAAUUGUAUUCAAACGUAGUCGCAAGCAAGAAACAUAAAUUAGACAAAUAAGCAAAAACUAGCAGCAAGGCACAUGAUUAAAUAUAUUUAAUAAAUAUAUAUACAUAUAUCAUAAUAAUGUUUAAAUGUAGUUAAACGCACAAAAUGCAAAAAUAGUUCCCAAAAUGAAAAAAACACAAGAAAGAAAAUAACACACACAAAUUAAAGAAGACGAAAAUUGCCCUCAAUUUGUUAAAUCGAAUUAAUUAGUUUUUAUGUACGAGUUAAUCGAAAAUUUGUGCCAUGCUCGAAAUAUUGAGUUGAAAUCAGGUUCUUAUAUAAGGUCAGUUUACCGUUAAAUAUUGUCAUAUUGUUUGCCAAAUUGAUUCAAUGUCCGUCAUACAAUCUGUUAACUGUUUUUUUCUGCUCAAAAUUCUUCACAACGAUUUCAAAUGUUGAAACUUAAAAAAAGAAAUACAAAAAAAAAAAAAAAAACGUAGCGAAAAUUAUGCGAAUUUAAUAGAGAGGAAAAUGAACAUAUUUACGACAAAUUUUGCAUACAUAUAGAUAAUGUCAUGUCUAGAUAUAACAUAUAUAUAUAUAUAUAUAUAUAUAAUAUAUGUAUUUAUAUAUGUAUUUUCAAAGGCACAAGAAAUAUUUUCUCAAAUUUAUUCAAAGCACCUAAACAUGCACCGCAUCACUGUAAAUCCCCAAAAAACAAAAUUAAAUUAAAUAAAGUUAAAUAAAAAAAUUGAUGUAGAACACACACACACACACACACACACAGGCACAUCACAAAUGUAAAUAUAUGUACGCCUCGUAGUUGUAGAAACGCUUGAAAGAAUGAGAAAAAUAACUUGGCUUAAGGCGAGCUCUUAAUCGGCUCUUCACGCUAUAAAUAUUGUAAAAAAAAAAAAGAAACGAAAAAAAUAAGUAAAUAAAAAAAAAAACAUUGCGAAGAAAAAGAACAAAUUGCUUAGCGUUUAGUAUUUAAGAACUAAUUGUGUGUAAAUCGUAGCGCAGGCAAAGUAUUACUAAAAUAGAAAUUCGUGUGGUAAAAAGAAAACAUAAACAAAAUAGAAAAGAGAAAAUUGAAAAUUGUUUUUCUUAAAUGUAAGCAAGACAAAAAAUCGCACCAGAAAUAAGAUUUAAAAUAUGAGCACAGGGUGUUUCCCCUCAAAUGGUCCAAUGCCAUUUUGUACAGAUUCAAAACUAAUUUAAUAAUCGAACGCUUGUGUGUUCCAGUCUAAAAAUGGGCUCAGUGGAUUACACAAGCAUAAAACUACAUAUAAAUAGUAUAUAGCAUGGAGCAAGUCCGCUUUAAAAAUAUAUAUAUAUAUGUAUGUAUGUAUGUAUGAUCCGUAAAGCGUACACAGUCGGGUUUCGCCCAACAAUUAUGCUUCGCGCACGCCACAUUCACUUCGGAUUUAAGCCACAUUUAGGAUUUAUGCAUUUGCGAACGCGAAUGCGAUUGUAUAUGUAUAUGUAUUUACUGAUAAACAACAUAAUGUUUUAAAGACUGGUUUUUUGUACACUUUAUCUUAAGCGCAGAUCUACUACUGUCUAUAUUAAUUAUUCAUUAUUGUAUCCAAACUUGAUUUCAAUCAAAAUUGCUUUCGAUUUCGAGUAUACCAAAACUUCAAGUUCAGUUCUUGGCAAAAUACCUUUAAUAGAUAUCAUUAUUAAAAUGAAAUCCAAUCUCUACUCUAUUAUUUCGCCCAAACAAAAAGCUGCAUUUCUAGAUGAAAAGUAAACAAAAAAAAAACCUUUAACCUAACGACCAAUUUUUGAAAUUAUUUUUGUUAUAGAGCUAUGCAAAACUCUAGACACUUGUAUUAACUUAAGUGUUUAAGAAACGUUCUACUUAUAAAGAAAGCUUGUAAAUUCUCAUAACUUAAAAAAAAAGAAACGGCAAAACUAGAAUGCUUCAUCUGUAAUAUACGAAAAGCCCAUAUUAUUUUCGAAAAACAAAAAAAAAAAAAACGAUAACUAAAGCAUUUUAACUAUGAAAACACAAAGUAGCUAUUAGUUAUACAUAAUGUAUGUAUUAUUAAAACACAAAAAACGAAAAUAUUUAAUGAAUGAAUGGAUGAAUUUGUAAAUGACAGCCAAACAAUCUGGACAGCAUCUGGCCUGGCCAUAUAUUCCCAGCCAAUGUGAAGAAAACAGCCGAAAAAAAAAAUAAAUAAAAAAUAUUCAAAAAAAAAAAAAAAGAAAAAAACUGCACACACUUCUCGAGCAAGGAAACCUUUCCAAGACUAACUACCUUCACAAAUCAUAUAAUUAAUAUAUAUAUAUAUAAAUAUAUAUAUUAUCUAAUUGACGGUGUUAUGCAAUUUAUAAAUGUGAUGAAUGUCAAACUUAAGCGUAUAAAAACGUAUACAAAAAUAUUAAAAAAAAACCAAAAAAAAAAAAAACAGUUUAGUAAAAAAGCUGAAAUGUAGCGAAAACCGAAGUAAGCAUAACCCACGAUUUUAGAGCUAAGCAUAAAGCGAAGGGUUGAUACCAGAAAGCAGCCCAUAGUUUUUAAAGGGAAUUACAGAGUAGCAGCAAAUGAGGAUAAACAGUUAAGAGAGAGAAGCGUAGAAGUGCAGCAAAUGGAGUAAAGCAAGUUUAAAGAGUAGCAAACGCUUCUACAAGUAAAGAAGCAAAGAGUGGCGCGAUAAGAUAAUGAAUCUCGAUAUACCAGAAAAUUGAAAGAAAACAAAAAAAAACACAAGCAAAAAAAUAUAAGUUUAUGUACACCUAAGUUAACGGAUAAGCUAAUGAAGAGUUGAUAUGGAUGCAAGCAAAAAAAAAAAAAAAAAACAAAAACAACAACAAAAAACAAAAAGAAAUCUUAUAAACCUAAAGUGAAUGGAAAUACAAAUAAAGAACAUCUAA